AUAUUAUCAUAUCAUCAUCACCAAAGAGAUUAAGCUCUAAAAGUUAUCUCCGUAUAAAGGAGUUAAAUUUCUCUUCAAGUAGGAACAAGAAGCUCCCAUUCUUCUUCUUCUGUGUGUGUGUUUCAGAUGUAGAACACACAAACAGUUAAAAGCUCUCUGUUUGUGGAUCUGUUCUUCUCUUUCGGUUUUGGGAUUUGCGUCUCUCAUCUCUCUCUCUUUUUGACUCUUUCAUACGUUUUCUCUGUUGAAGAUGAGACAAAGGUUUUGACUUUUUGAUCCUCACUCAUCGAUACCAACCCAGUGGUGAUUUUGACAUUGUGGGUUCUGUUUUCUGGUAAAAUCCCAGGUUUCAUUUUGAAAAACAAAUUAGGGAUUUUUUUCUGAUGCAUAUCUCACUCUGGAAGCCACUUUAUCACUGCGCCGCCGCUCUAGUUCUCGACAAGAAGAGCAGCAGGAACCGAGAUGUCUCCGAGUCCACAAAGGCCCUGACUUUACGCAAACUCCACGAGUCCAAGCUCAGAGAAGCUCUCGAACAAGCAUCAGAAGAUGGUCUACUCAUCAAAUCUCAAGACAUCCAAGAAGCAGAAGAAGAAGAAGAAAGCGAGCCUAGUCGAGAUCAAACCCUCGGACGCUCGAGAUCCCUCGCUAGGCUCAACGCUCAGCGCGACUUCCUGCGCGCUACUUCCAUCGCAGCUCAGAGAGCGUUCGAAUCAGAAGAAGCUCUCCCUCAGCUCCGAGAGGCUUUAACCACGUUCCUGACCAUGUAUCCGAAGUACCAGUCCUCGGAGAAAGUGGACCAGUUGAGAAACGAUGAGUACUUCCACUUGACCUUACCCAAGGUAUGUCUCGACUACUGCGGGUUCGGGCUGUUCUCGUAUCUUCAGACGGUUCAUUACUGGGACACUUGCACUUUCACCUUGUCGGAGAUUAGUGCGAACCUUAGCAACCACGCUUUGUACGGUGGUGCCGAGAGAGGUUCCGUUGAGCAUGGUAUCAAGAUUAGGAUCAUGGACUACUUGAACAUCCCCGAGAGUGAGUACGGUCUUGUGUUUACCGUUAGUAGAGGCUCUGCUUUCAAGCUUCUCGCUGAGUCUUACCCCUUUCACACCAACAAGAAGCUUUUGACUAUGUUUGAUCACGAGAGCCAGUCGGUUAGCUGGAUGGGUCAGUGUGCUAAGGAGAAAGGCGCGAAGGUGGGCAGCGCGUGGUUUAAAUGGCCGACGCUUAGGCUGUGCUCGAUGGAUCUCAAGAAGGAGAUUCUGAGUAAGAAGAAGAGGAAGAAGAAGGAUGAAGCUACCGGUUUGUUUGUGUUUCCGGUUCAGUCUAGGGUCACGGGUUCUAAGUACUCUUACCAGUGGAUGGCGCUUGCUCAGCAGAACAAUUGGCAUGUGUUGCUUGACGCUGGUGCUUUAGGUCCUAAGGACAUGGACUCUCUAGGCUUGUCUUUGUUCCGUCCUGAUUUCAUCAUCACUUCGUUUUACCGUGUGUUUGGGUAUGAUCCGACUGGGUUUGGCUGUCUGUUGAUUAAGAAGUCUGUGAUUAGCUGCUUGCAGAGCCAGUCAGGGAAGACGUGUUCAGGGAUUGUGAAGAUAACGCCUGAGUAUCCUCUCUAUCUGAGUGACUCCAUGGAUGGUUUGGAAGGUUUGAGCGGGAUUGAGCGUAAUGAUAUCGCUGUCAACGGUGAUAGUAAAGGCGUGGGGACUCAGUUGCCUGCGUUCUCUGGUGUUUAUACUUCUGCUCAAGUGCAGGAUGUGUUUGAGACGGAUAUGGAUCACGAAGUUGGUUCGGAUAAAGAUGGAACGAGCACUGUGUUUGAGGAAGCUGAGAGUAUCUCGGUGGGGGAACUGAUAAAGAGUCCUGUUUUCAGUGAAGAUGAGUCGACGGAUAGCCAGCUGUGGAUCGAUUUGGGUCAGAGUCCUGCUGAUUCUGAUAACAAGCAGAAGAGCCCUUUACUUGUGGUUCCACAAAACCACAAACGAAGGAUCUCGCCUAAACCAGGUUCGAAGGCUAGUAAUGGUAGUAACGGUGGGAGACAUGUUCUCUCUUUUGAUGCUGCUGUUUUGUCGGUAUCACAAGAAGUAGCUGAAGUAGACACUAGUCAUGGGUUGAGAGUUAGUGAGAUUGAAGAAGAAGAAGAAGAAGAUGAAGGGAGGAGCAGUAAGUUGAUUUCUCAAGGAAAUGGUUCUUCAACCUCUGGAAUUAAAGAGAGUGCGAUAAGAAGAGAAACAGAAGGCGAGUUUAGACUGUUAGGGAGAAGGGAGAAGAGUCAGUAUAACGGUGGGAGGCUUGUUGUGAACGAAGGUGAGCAUCCCAGUAAACGAAGAGUAUCUUUUAGAUCAGUAGAUCACGGAGGAGAAGCAUCAGUGAUCAGAUUUGAGGACGAAGAAGAAGAAGAAGAUGAUGAUGAUGAUGAAGAAGAAGAUGGAAGCAAUGGAGUAGAAUGGGAUGAUGAACAGAGAGAACCAGAGAUUGUUUGCCGCCACAUAGAUCAUGUGAACAUGUUAGGUCUCAACAAGACCACCUCGAGACUCAGGUACCUCAUUAACUGGCUUGUGACUUCUCUGCUCCAGCUAAGGCUGCCUAGAUCAGACCCCGGUGGAGAGCACAAGAAUCUUGUCCAAAUCUACGGUCCAAAGAUCAAAUACGAGAGAGGAUCUUCCGUGGCGUUUAACGUGAGGGAUCUGAAGAGUGGGAUGGUUCAUCCUGAGGUAGUGCAGAAACUAGCUGAGAGAGAAGGUAUAUCUCUAGGCAUUGGUUACCUCAGUCACAUAAAGAUCGUGGAUAAUCGAGGAGGCGAAGAUUCGAGUUCUUGGAAACCAGAUGGAAGAAACAGCAACGGUUUCAUCAGAGUUGAAGUUGUCACUGCUUCACUUGGGUUCUUGACGAACUUCGAAGAUGUUUACAGAUUGUGGAGUUUCGUGGCAAAGUUCUUGAGUCCGGGUUUUGCUAAACAGGGGACACUCCCAACAGUUGUUGAAGAAGAUGACUCUUCAGAAACUUAGAAGAAGAAGAAGAAAUUGAGGAAUGAAUACAUUUUGUUUUUUGCUACACUUUCCUUUACUGUACUUAUCGGAGAACAUUCUCAUGUAUGAUUCUGGCAAGUUUAUGUGAACAGAGACGAUCUCAGAGACAAGUUUUCUGCAUAUUGUAACUGUUCAUUUA